CUAAUUAGGGUCCACGGCAACCAAAUAAUUGAAAUGUUGCAAGUAGAAAGUUUUUAUCGCAAGCUUGAUCAGUCCGCAAGAAAGUUCGUCAGGUUCAAGUUGUAUUCGUGAUACGUGCUGUGUGAAAUAAUAAUGUUGUUUAAAUAUUUGUGUUCUGUUGUGAUGUUUAUAGUUUUUUAUCUGGUAUCUUCUAAAAUUGCAAAACCAGUUGAUAGUACUAUUGAGGUCGCAGCAUCAAACGAAACCAGUAAAAGGUACCAAAGAUCUGGAGCCAUAAUCUUCCCUGAUGACGAUUUCAACCCAGAAGUACUUCCACGGUUAAAAGGGGCUCCUAAAUGUGCCAAGGGUUCAACAUUUUGCGAGCAUUUUGAGGACUAUCCGCAUUUACUAUUAAAAAAUAUUCUCAAGGAACAUAGUGUAAAUAAAGACCUUUUUGGAACCGACAUAGUGCCACAAUUUGAAGCAAGAGACGGUUCAAAUGAUCUGUUCGUUUGUCAAUCGAAAGUGAUGACAAUAUUUCCGAAAGUGGCUAAAAAUGUUAACAAUGAUUGGAGGAUUAUUAUUAACCAGGGAGAAAAAGAAGGAUACAUCCAAGGUGUAGUAAUAGAGACAUGUAUGGGGAGAGACAGACAAUGCGAUAUCUUAGGAGACAUCAUGGACGAUUUCGUAACAACUUGCAAACAGAAAUACAUCUACAGACGUCUUCUUUCCCUAAACGACGCAGGAAAACCGGUCCAAGAUACAUUCAGACUCCCAUCUGCUUGCUGCUGCUCUUACAGAAAAAAUUUUGACUUUUUGGCCGGACUCGACACUUGAACAUUUCUUUUAUGUCAUAUUACCGCACCCUGAUAUUUAGGAUACAGCCAUUCUUCAAAGCACUAGGUUUUAUUUCAUACAUUAUAAUAUACAACACGUGAAUUUAAUCGGCUAAAACAGUACUGAAGAUUAUAUUGUGAUAUUAGAUACUAUUUGAUGGCUCUGGAAGUGGAGAUAAGUUGAAUGUUGAACACUCAAUGUUCUAGAAGAGAUAUUAUGUACUUCUGCUUUCUGAAAAGUACUACCUAUGUACAUAUUACUCUGUUGUUUUGCGAAUGAUAACAGACAACGCUCUUCUAUAGGAACCUACCUCUACCAAUACAGUACUACAAACUCUAGUACCUCAUAAUAGUACUAUAUUUAUACAAUUUAUAUAGUUAAAGAUUCUUCUGCUCUUCAUGCCUUCCUCUGUUUUGACUUUUUGGCUGGACUCGUUACUUACUUGAACAUUUGUUUUAGCGACAUAUUAUACUGUACCUCGAUAUUUAGGAUACUGAAUUUGCUUGGCUAAAACAGUACCGAAGUUUAUAUUGCGAUAUUAGAUACAAUUUUAUGGCUCUGGGAGUGGAGAUAAGUGAAUGUUGAACACUCAAUGCCCUAGAAGAGGUGUAUGUACUUCUGAUUCCCGAAAAGUACUAUGUACCUACUACUACUCGGUUAUUUUGAGAAUGAGAAUAGGAUCGCAGUAAUAUGCAAUACCACAAUCACCGCUCUUCUAUAAGUACCUACCUCUACCAAUACAGUACUACAAAUACUAGUAAUAGUACUAUUACAUUUAAAUAAUUUAUAUAGUUAAUGAUUCUUCUGCUCUUCAUGCCUUCCUCUUUUUCAGUUUUUGCCAGUAUCUAACGAAUAACUUGUCAUUGUUUCAUUGUAAGGGUUUUUCCCAGGCCCAUAUCAUCAGCUACUGUAUCUACCGAUCGUUUUUGUUUUUCACGUCACAUCAUCAUCAUCAUCAGGGCUUUUCAUUCCGGGUGGAAUGUUUGCCGCUCUUACUCUGAUUCGCUUAUUGCGGUGAAUCACUCCGCAUUCCACUUGUAUGUUGUCAAAGUUUAUUGUAUGACUUGGCUUUCGCUACAAUUUUCUUCCACUCAUUUCGAGUUCAUUCCAGUUUCUCACUUUUAGAAUUUUGGAUCUCCCAUCUCUCUCUGGGUUUUCCCCUUGGUCUUUCAGUUUUUGGUUUCCAUCUGGUGAUCUUCUUAAUCAGUAGGUCGUUUUUCCUCUUCUCUAUGUGUCCCAGCCAUCUCAGCCUCUGUGCUUUAAUAAAUCUAACUAUAUCUUCUCCCUUCAUUAUUUUUCUUAGUUCAUGGUUCAUUCUUAUUCUCAUUUCUCCGUUGUCUAUUAUUUUAGGUCCCAUAAUCCGUCUGAGGAUUUUCCUUUCGUAUAUUCUCAAUUUUUCUUCAUCUUUUUCCGUGAGGCACAUUGUCUCAGCUGCGUACGUAAUUACUGGUCUGAUUGCAACUCUAUAUUUUCAGUUUUGUAUUUCUGGAUAAAUUCUUGUCCUUCAUAAGCCUGUGAUAUCUCCAGUAUGUUUUGUUGCCUGCUAGUAUUCGUUCCGUUACUUCUUCACUUCUCUUGUUUUGGCCAUUCACUAUUACUCCCAAAUAUUUAAAUUGUUGGACUCUUUAAAAAGUGUAGUUUUCUAUUUUGAUUUCGUUCGUCCUGUUAUCUUCUCUUCUAGAGCAGAGUAGAUAUUUUGUUUUUCCUUCGUUAAUUUCUACUUACUGUUAAGUAAUUGUUACUGCUUCUUUUAAUCUUUCCUUGUCUCUUCCCAUAAGAACUAAAUCAUCUGCAUAUACAACUAUUUGUGUUGAGGCGUGGGCUAUAGUCACAUAAGCCAAGAAAAUCUCCGCCCGCAGAACUGUUGCCGGUGCCGGUCCUAAGCCCGGAUAAAGGAGGAGGGGUUCUACAACCAGGUUGGCACCCUACUGGUAGAUGUUAAAAUUCAUUACGACGACUAACAUGAGAAAUAGGACAACCAAUUUAUGGAAAGUUAGAAAUAUACUUCGCAUUGGUAUUUGGAACGUGAAGUCUCUAAACACAAGAGAGCAGAAAAUUACAAAAGAGCUUGUAGAAAAAAUAUAGGCAUAUGUGCACUACAAGAGACGAAGAAAGAAGAAAAUACUCAAAUUAUGCCUGGAUGACUUUCUCGUGAUUUAUAGUGGUUGCGAAAGAAUAGUAAUAAUAUAAUAACAGUCUCCCGUUUUAUACCGCUAACGCGGCUUUGGGAUUAUAGCAGGGUAGUCUGCUAUGUCUAUAGGGCCUACUGUAUACAAGGAAGGUCACAGGGGCAGUGCUACGCUUCAACCGCCAAUUAUUACCCCUGGUUUUACCCAUGGUACUCAUUUAUAUUCAGGCUGAGUCGACCUGGGGCCUGUAGACAGUUUAAAAAAUGUCUAGAUGUGCCGGCGCUGGGUUUCGAACCCCGACCUACCAGCAUGCGAGUGAAACAUCCUACCACCUGAGCUAUCUGGACCCUACGAAAGAAAGAAACCAUAGCCAAAGAAGAAGACACAGUUAGUAGGUACACAGAAAAUUUGUACCCCAAGUACAAGAAUUUAAAUAUACUUACUGAAAGUAAAAUAUAAAUAUACUUACUGAAAGAAUACUUGGUGUAGAAGUCAACCUGGAUGUCAAACUUCUGAAUGUGGUAGCAAUCUAUGCACCUGAGAUCAAUAAAGAUACCACCACAAGAGGAAACUUCUAUAAAUACCACAGAUUAACAUAACGUUAUGUGUGAAUACCUUCAGAUUCUAAUAAACGAGACCCCAAAUGACGAAUUUAUAUUCUCUUUUUCCUACAAAAUUUCAGUUUUUUUUCCGUUUCAUAUCAUAUAAUAUUGAGUUAUUUAUAAGUUGCCUUUUAUGAAGAGUAAGGAAGAGAGCAAAAGAAAUAUUUUUAUACUUUAUUACAUAUUACAAAUGAAACUAGAUGCAGAAUGAGGGAUGUUUGUAGAAACAAAGGGCUACUUAAUAAGAAUGUUGAAGUAAGAAGAUGCAUAUUCAUCGGUUAUGAAUCAGAUGAAAUCGGAAGUCAUAGUUGUCCUAAAUUUAUAAUAAAGUUUACAAAAAUAUUACUUUUCUACACAAAUUAUUGUAAUGUUCCUUGUAAAUAUUGUAUUGUAUUAUAUUGUAAUAUAAGUACUUACCUAUUAAAUGUAAUAUAUUAGAUCUUGGGAAAA